ACUGUGAUGGACACUCCCUCAGGAUGAUGGAACACGAUGGAGAACGUUAUCCCCACUUUCCUGCUGAUGUCCUCAGAAACGUUAAACACAUAAAAAUACGUCAUGAUGACGUCAUCGUAUCAGCGUUUCCCAAAUCAGGUUCCCACUGGGUCCAUGAGAUAACUCGUCUCCUCAAGUUGGGCCGGUUGGACGAGACUAAUUUUGAAAAGAACGAUGUCCAGUUAGAAUAUGUACCAGAAGCAACAUAUGCGCAAAACCCGUCUCCCAGAAUCCUCAGCUCACACGUCAACUUCCGGUCGCUUCCAACGCAGGUUCUGGAAAAGAAGUGCAAGCUUAUCUAUAUCCUCAGGAACCCCAAGGACAUUGCUGUGUCGUUCUACAACUUCUGUAUCAAGAUGAGGCAUCUGACCGGCUACAAGGGAACAUGGGCUAGCUUUCUUCCGAUGCUGACACAGGGAAAAUUGGCCUUCGGAUCCUGGUUUGACUACGUGCUCAACUGGGAAAGAGGGAAAGCAAUGUACCCGGAUCUUCCCGUUCUCACUCUAUUCUAUGAAGAUCUAAAGGAGGACACGCUGUGUGGAGUUAAGAAGAUCAACGACUUUCUUGAUCUCCAUAGAGACGACAGAUUUCUACAAAAAGUCAGCGACCACGUGACUUUUACAAAUCUGAAACGAAUCAAAGGCAGAAACCAUUUGCAUGACGGGCAGUCUGUAGUCUUCAGGAAAGGUGAAGUGGGCGAUUGGAAGAACUGGUUCACUGUGGCCCAGAACGAGUGGUUCAACCAGCUCUACCAGGAGAAGAUGGCGGACUGUCAACUGCGGUUUCGAUAUACACUUGAUGACUGUAACUGAUGCAUUCAAUGUUCAUUUUCAUGUUCAAUGUACAAGUAUAAAGGCAUCACAAUUGGCGUUCACCUUCUUCAACUGCCAGCUUGCUUUAACCGAUAUGAGCACGUGUCGGUAACGUUAAUGUCUUUGGAGUGGGUUGUAAUGUAUUUGAUUUUAUAGAUAUAAAACGUCAAUGCCAGAGACCAACCAGUCUGGGUCAUCCGCGAUCUUCCCGAGGCAAGGGUGUUACAUGACCUUAAAAGUUUUGUUUCCACCCUUGCCGAACUAGGCUGGAAUUCCGGAGGUACAUUUUGGCUGGACUCACGUGUCUAUGCCUAGUCCACUCAAAAUCGCGCAACGAACUUGACUUCCGGUUCGUAAACAAUAUGAACUGCAAGGGGCACAUUUCCGUCGACUGCCGGAUUUGCAGGGUAUAUGUGCCGCCAACUGGGGGGCGUCGACAGUUAUUUUGCAAAUCCUUUCAUGUUUUAAUGAAGGUGCUCAAGUGGUUUGAUCUUGAUUAUCGCCAUUGUGUCAGAAGCAAAUGCAAGUGAUAUGAGAGAUGGAAUCUGAUUGGUCAAUAGGAGAGACAUAGAAGGGACAUAAAUCGUAAUUGCCACUGGUGGCGCUACGAUCGACGCUGGAAAUUCUAUCGUAGUUCGGCAACGGUGGAAACUGGACUUUUAUAGUCAGUUAAAGCCCUUGCCUCAGGAAGAUGUCAUGAGCUUGGGUUAGCACUGCUUUAAACUGUAUAAUAGAGAAUUUCAGUUAUAUCACGGCUUGAUGGUGAAAACCCGGAGUGUUGAAGAUCGCAUUGGUUGACAUUUUAUUGCAUAGUAUUGUAUUGUAUUGUAUUGUGUUGUGCUGUAUUGUAUUGUAUUGUAUUGUAUUGUAUUGUGUUGUGUUGUAUUGUAUUGUAAUUUGUUAAAUUGAUUGUGAUGUUUCAGGGAACAUGUUACAUGUCGGGUGAAUGUCUUUUAACACCAAUAAAAAUAUAUUUUUGUUUUGAAAUAAGGCCUUAUAUAUUGUAUUACUUUGUUUGCGGGUACUUUUGUCAAAAGGGACGGCGAUCGAAAUAUAGAUGAAAAUGAAA